AUGAAGAAGCUCUUUAACCGCUCAACCAAGUCGUCCGAGCAGGAGCGCGAUGGCUCCAUGACUCCCAUGUCGACUUCACACCAGCGCUCUUCCGGUAUCAUGCAAGGCCACGACUUACACAAGCGCCGCCACCAAAGCGCAACUGUGACGCCUUUCCCUCUCGACGCCGGCCGCGCGAACGGAGGAUCAAGGCCGCCGUCUCACCCGAACUCCACUCCGGCUGGACCGAUGCAGGUCCAGCCUCAGAUCGUUCCCCAGCCCAUGAACGCCGCCAUGAUGCAAAAGCCGGUUCCGCCUCCACCUGGCGGCGCCGCUCUGGCUUCCGCAACACCUCCCCCGAGACCGCCGCGAGACAGCGCUCGCGGUGCCCCCGUAGCUCCUGGGCAGCCCGACUAUCGACAGAUGGAGGAGGAGGCUGCCUCAGCUCCAUUCAGGCGAGAUGGAGGCAACGAUCGGACGAGCAUGGCGAACCCUCGAUCGAGAUCGGGGACAGGUGGAACAGGUUCGAGUUAUGUUAUGCCGACGCCCGAACCCAGAUCCCCAGGCAUGCCGGGCCCCGGACGCUCGCCCAACGACCCUCCCAUCGCGCAGAUGUACGCCAGACCGGAUACAGCCAUGUCCCAGACAGCACCCACACAACCCGCACAGCCCGCGUUCUUCCUGCCCCCCGGUGCGGGACCACCGUCGCCCCAGUUCCGCCCCGCAACUCGCCCCUCGACUCCCCCGACGUCAGGCCGCUUCUCGCACUCCCACCAAGGCAGCAUUCCCAGCUUGCACAACGUCGCUUCCAAUCUCCCACCGCACAUCACCGCAUCCAGCUACGAAGGCCCCGACGGCUACUCAAGCGCGCGAAGUCGAGGAUACAGCGCUUCGUCUCAAUCAGGGCGGGGAUCCGACCAGGAAGGGUCCGUUCACCCCAGCCCCCAGGUCGUCAACAUGCUGGGAGGGAAGGGUGGCCAAGGCCAAUCCCCUCUGAACCGAUCACCAUUAGCCAACAACUUCAACUCGACCAGUGCCGACGACGGCGACGAAGAGGCCCAUCGACCGAGGUCAAGACGAGAACUGAACGCUUCUGGUAUCCGCAGCUCCAUGCCUUCGAUCAUGGGUGGUGGAGGUCAUCAUCACAAUGUCCCAGAGUCAAACCGCAUGGAGAACCUCGACGUGAGGCACGACGGCAAGCACGAUUCAAGACACUUCUUCUCAGCCUCCAGCUCCCACAAGGACAAGGACGACAAGGACAAGGAGAAGAAGAAAGGAUUCUGGAGCGGGUGGAGCGAUCGAAAGCACAAUAAGCUAUCGAAGCACCAGUCCAACCCUGUGCAGCCCCGACCUGAAGACGAGGCUGCCUCCAGCCUAGGACACGGCCAGCCUGACCCCAUUGACACACAUUCGUCCCAUGGCCACGGUCAAUACGUUGUCAGCUCUAACGGGACGACACCGACAGUCACGACCGCGCCUGUGCACCUCGACAAGGAUCUGCCUGUCGUCAUGCCUGGCUCAGUUGAAGACAGGCCUAGCGCAGAAGGUUACCGCGGUGACGCUGAGCUUUCGACUGCAGGGGGACACGCCAGCUCGCUUGGGCACGGUGGUAUGGAAGUCGCGCCUAAGCCCUCUUCGCGUUCCCGAUCGGCUUCGAACGCAGUGUCCAUCGAGGUUCUGACUUCCGCGCGCGAGACCGGAACCGACCGACAACUCUGCUCGCGCCGUGAAACGACCCAGAACGCCGUCCUCGAGCUCUGCGAGAAGAUCAACCUGUCCGAAAACCCCGACGCGGCCAGUAAGGAUGCUGCUCGUGGUCUGCACUUCGCCACGUGCCGCAAGUUCAUGGCCGCCGUUGAGCCCAUUGUCACCAACAAACUCGACCCUCCACCGUCGCAGGCAACUUUGCGCUGGGCGAUCGACGUUCUCGCUGGUCUCACGUACGCUUAUCACGCCGAACGCGGCUGCGAAGGCCUCCAGGAGCUGUGGAAGAAGAUCAAGCUCCCUGAGGACUUGGACAUCGGACGCCCUCUGCCCGAUGACUUCCUUCUUUAUUCUCCCGGUUCGCUGCCGCCCAACCCGUCGGACGCUGCUAGUAUCAACACGACGACCGCGACGGUCCGAACCGAUAGGACACCGAAGGACAAGCGGGACAAGGUGCGGAGGAAGCGUGACAAGGACGGCAAGGAAGCGAAAGACUCGGUUAAGGACCGGGGCAAACCGCGCGACCGGCCCAAGUAUCACGUCACUCCAAGCCACGAGGAUGACAUUCAGAAGCUCAUCGUCGAGGCGUCCGAGGGCAAGGAGAAUGCGCGAAUCCUGUCCGAGGCGCUUGUUUACACUGCGCCGUCAGAGUUCGACGACAAGGUUAUUCUGCAAGAGUAUCACUCUCGAUGCCAGCAGUCCUUCACUUCGCUCAGCACGCAAAUGGACUGGGCGCAGUCGGAGGCUGCCAAGUCGCGCCGUGUCGCAGACUCGAUUGAGCUACAGGAGGCGACCAAUAUGGCUACUCCGGAGGAGAGUGCGCUCGACGUGCUCCUUGAGGCGCACGGCAAGCUCUCUGACGCUAUGGAGCAGUACGAUGAGCUCGCGCGUUCUGCCGCAUACGAGAAGGAAGUUCGCGCUGUCGAGGAGAUCAGCAAGAAGGACACCCGCAUGGACCGACGGCAGAAGGAUAUGCUCAUGGUGGACGAGACGAUGCGCGCCGAGGGUUCGGCCGCGUCUCGCUCUCCGUCGCCAGGCCAGUACAUGGAUGCCGACGCCCGCCAGUCACACGACCAGCACCAUUCCCAUGAACAGAUGCGUGCUUCAUUCGAGAAAAUGCGGAUGCCGCAGGACCGCCCCGCUGCCCUGUCUCCACCUCCAAUCGCCAUGCCUGUCGCCCCGUCCGCGCCCAUGUCGCCCGUCUACACCGGUGCCGCAACCCCUGCAAGUGCGCAAAGCCUGGGCACUACUCCGGGCAUCGCCAGUGGACUGGCCGCCGGAGCUGCCGUUGGCGCCGCCACAGGAGCUGGUAUCAGCGUCAUGAUGAAUGGGUUCCAGGCCGAUCGAUCCUCGACGCCGUCGCCGGAAGACCACCCGCUGCCGCAGCCGCCCCUCCGUCCGGCGAUGACUGGUCAGCGUGCGCCUUCCCCGGUCGGGAACAAGCAGCCCGCGGCGCGACGCAUGGGUGGUCCUCGCCCGCUGCCCCUGCCGAACGCAUUCCGCAGUCACAACUCAACCGCAAGCUUGCACGCUGCCUCGGACAUGCACGCUUCCAGCACAGAAGGACCGAACGGUACCGCAAACGGCACUCCCGCUCCCGAGUCGAGUGCCGAGGAGAUCGACGACGAUGCGCCACCCAAGAUGCCGUCCCGCAAAGCGCUCGGAAAGCGCAGGGCCGAUCCUGACAACGACUUUGACCCCGAUAGCCUGUUCACAGGACGCACGAAGCCGCCCGCGGACAACGCAAGCGAGAUCAGUGUGUCGCUCGACGACGUUUACGCCGCAAAGCCGAUCAAGUAUGCGUACGACGCCUAUGCCGAACGCCUCGCGCUCGAACGCGACGAGCAGGCCAAGGCCGCGGCAGUGGCUGCUCCGGUUCCCGCACGAUAG